CCGCGAUUUCGGCAGGUCGAGAGGGGCAAGCCCGGUAGUUCCCCUGGCCUUGCGCCUUGUGGAUAUACGAUUACGCCAGCAUCGCAAUUUGGCAGGUCGGCAACGCAAAAGAGGCCUCCUCGUUGCAUCGGCGCUGGUAGAUCGCCAAGGACAGCCACUGGGACAGCCAAGUCUCCAGAUGGCCGGGUUUCUUGAGGAAAUGCCCCCGGGCGGGCUUCUUGCAACAGGGCGGGGUGCGCCGUGGCUGGCCGUCAUCGUCUUGUGCCGAACCAGCACCUUUCCUCCACCUCAUCGACAACGUGCGCCCUGACAUCAGGAUGGCCCUCCUCCUGGCUGUCGUGACGACCGCGGCCGGCGUGCUCGCCGCGCCCGCCGCCCCCAACGCCCCUGCUGCCGCCAACGCCACCCAGCCAUGCGGCACCGCCGGGUCGGCGUGGGCCGCCCAGAAGGCCGCGGGCGUCGAGGUCCCCAGCGUCGACGCGGCGCUGGCCUACGCCUGCCUAACGUCGAUCCCCGUGAAGAGGUCGACGGCGCUCAAGUUCGUCGACGAGCUGGUCCCCUACCUCGAGUGCCCGGCAGCCGUCCGGGCCGGUAUCGAGGCCGGCUCGUACGCGACCGAGCACGCGUGGCAGGCUGACCUCUUCGAGCGCGUCUUCGGCGCCGGCCACGACGGCCACAUGGUCGUGAUGCCAGACUUGCUCGACACAGUGCGCUGGCGCCGCGGCCUGACGCUCGUGUCGGUCAGCGAGGACGGCGUGGCGCCGCCCGUGCUCAAGGUCUACGAGGACGUCGUCUCCGGGGCCGCCGCCGCGUCCGUCGUCACGCACAUUGACGGCAAGGACGCCGUCGGCUUCGUCCAGGACUGGGUAGACAGAGCCGGCGAGCACCAAGACCGCGACGCCAGCUACAACGCCAUGUUCUACUCCAAGGCGCAGGAGGUCGUGUACAAGACCAAGGGCUAUUUCAGCGGCGGUGGGCGACUGCAGCUUCUCUACCCCGGCGAGACCACCACCCUGACUUUUAACAACGGGACCGUUGUCAAGCUCCGCAACACGGCGCUGCUGCAGGGCGACUGGACUGGGGUUGUCGACGCGGCUUCAUUCGUCCGGAAACUCACACCCCUGGCCGUGCCCGGCGCCCAAGUCCCCGACACCGGGGACGAGGACCGCCAAGCCCUCGCACGCCGCCCAGGCGUUACUCCCACCGUCGCCGCUAGGAGUGCUCUCUUGUCAACGCGAGCAGCCAGCGCAUGGCCCGGCUACCCCGAGGCCGAGGCCGUAUCCCUCGACAAGAGCGCCUCGGGCUACUUCCUGUCGGGCCCGGGCUACUCCGACGUGGCCGUCCUCGUCCUCACUAGCUUCUCUCCGAUCGGCUUCGACGUGCAGGCGGCCAACGAGGGUGGCUUCAUCUACCUGGCCUACGACAUGUUCCGCCAGCUCUUCCCGGACAUUGUGCAGCAGGGCCUGGGCCGCCGCCGCCUGUCCCCGGGCUUCGAGGCGGUCGCGAGGGCCGCCGCCGCCAUCUGCAAGGACUUCGACCCCCGCGCGGCCGAAAAGGUGCGCGACACGGACCUCUGGCUCCUGUGCCAGUCCCCGCUCAACUACGGCUACGAGCUCGACACGGCCCUGCGCCAUUUCGAGUCGUACGCCCAAAAGUACGCGCCCCACGAGCACCACGGCGACCGCUUCACCAACCUCACGGGCUGGGACCUCGGCAACCACGCCGACAGCAGCAGCCUCUUCUACGGCUUCAACAUGAACGUGACGGGCUACGGCGACCGCACCAACAUGCGCCGCCCCUUCGCCGGGCCCGACGACGGCGCCUGCGCGUCCGCCUGUACCGUCCUCUCCGAGUUCCUGGUGCACCACGCCGGCGUCAAGACCGUGUCGCUCGGCGGCCGCCCGGGCAACCGUGGCCUCACCCAGGGCGUCGGCGGCGUCAAGGGCCCGCAGGUCUACGCCUUCACCGACGUCAAGGGGUACGUCGACCGCGUGGGGCGCAACUCGACCGCGCCCGCGGAGCUGGCCCGAGGAGCUGGCCCGAUAUACCAACUACGUAAGGGGGCGAUCCCCCAGGGCCGCCUCAUCAACCUCCGCGACGCCAUCCUCCCGGGGCACGAGCAGGAUGGCAUCCCAUCGCAAUACGUGACGGAAUAUUCGCGCUGUCAGCUUUUCUGGACCGAGGAAAUGGUGAAGAGCCCCGAGGCGAUUUGGAAAGCUGCUGCCGGCGCGGCUUUUAAGCAAGGAAAAUGUGCUAGUGGCGGAUUUUAAAGGGGGUUUUGUGUCAGUCAUUUGUGGUUCAAUCCGACAGGAUAGGUACAUGCAGUUUAAGAAUCGAGAUGAAAUCAAUUUAGCGUCAGUGCCUGGGGCGCUGUCACGUGUUCGCGCACGUACCAUCCCCCGCCGAGCAGCCCCCAUGGAGACUCUCU